CUACAUUCAAACAUGGCGAAACUCUUUGACGUUACACGCCCUCGCUCAUCCUCAUCAUCCUCCUCCUCUUCUUUUUCUUCUUCCUCUUCACCUCCAUCAACCUCUUCCUCUUCUUCUUCUUCUUCUUCAUCCAAAUCUUCUUCUUCUUCACCGUCUUCGUCACCGCCUCUAUCUCCGGUACCGUGAUGCCCCGGGAGGAUGGAGAAGUUGUCGGCGAGCCUGUCGGAGAUCACCUGGAGCCCGUUGGCGCUGCCGCUGGACGCGGUGGUCAGUAAAUACCGGCUGCCCACCCUGGUCCGCCUGUCUCACGGUGAAUGUGUGGAGGGUCUGUCGGAGGAGGAUGUGGUGCUGUUACACUCCUGUCGUCAGUGGACCACAGUGACGGCCCACAGCUUAGAGGAGGGACACUACGUCAUUGGACCCAAGAUAGACAUCCCUCUGCAAUACCAGGGUAAGUUCAAGUUGUUGGAUGAAGACCGGGACGUCAGGGACCCGGUCCAGUAUUUUUCCAGCGUGGAGGAAGUUGCCGGCGUCUUCCCCGACCGGGUCUUUGUCAUGGAGACGAUCACCUUCAGUGUCAAGGUGGUCUCGGGGGAGUUCAGCGAGGACAGUGAGCCCUACAGCUUCACUCUGCAGGCUGGAGAUGAGCUGUCACUCAUGGGGAAGGCCGAGCUCCUCUGUGCCACACCCUCAAAGGAGAAGACGGGACUGAGCGCGCUCCUGAGACGCCUGGGAAAGACCCCUAGGAGUAAAACUCCCUGCCUGGUCUGUAUGAACCAUCGCACCAAUCAGAGCGUCAGCCUGCCCUUCGGCUGCCGUGGACGCUUCUGCACGCGCUCCCCUCUGGAGCAGGGCAUGCUGGGAGGGGAGCACACGGUACGCAGCAUCAUCGAGAGGGUUCGACUCCCCGUCAACGUGUCGGUGCCUUCGCGACCGCCACGGAACCCGUACGACCGGCACGCGGUGCGAGAGGGCCACCGCUACAAGCUGCUCAACAUCGUCAGCAAGACCGUGGUGCUCUGCAUGGUGCUGCGCCGACAGGAAGUGUCCCCCUCCCAUUUCCUGCUGCUGCGCUGCAUGCCCAGGUUCAACGUGGCCGAGGCCUCUGUCCACACGGCGGCGCUGGAGAGUCUUCUGCUGCGACACGCGUUCGACCCCGACGCCUACUCGCGUGCGGUGAGGGAAACUCGGCCCGAGCUGGAGUGUAUGACGGAGGAGUGUGUGUCCCCGCGCCGCUCACGCAUGUGCGUGUCGGGUCAGGACUCGAUGGCGCCGGCCCUGCAGCGCCUUUCAAUGUGCGGGUAUGGGGGCGGGGUUUCGGACAGCCUAUCACAGCGCUGCAGGGACUCGUUUGGAGAGAGAAUGGUGGAGGGACCAGGUGAGGAGAGGGAGUAUGUGACUCCUGAGUGGACUGAAGCCGAAAUGAGGACCAGUGAGGAGAUCCCUUACGAGGAACUCUGGACCAAUCAGAGCGCAGAGGGCUUGGGGAAGGAGCCAACCCUCAUCUCCUUCCAUUCGACUUCCUCAUUGGACGGCUCUCUUGGUACCGUGGUGACCAGGGUGUCCACGCCGCCGCCUGUACCUCCAAAAUCGGAUGCUGUGAGAGAGGAGUGCCGCUACUUGAUCGCCCCUCCGGUCCCCCCGCGCUGCUCUAAAGGGGGCUCCAUCUCCAGCCCGGUGCCCAGCCCCCCCGUCCCACCUCGAUUCCCCAAGAACUCCACCUCCCCGAGACCCAACCUCUCUUUCUACUCCUCUGGACUCCACGGCAGCUGCUCUCCCUCUCCAGACGCCUCCUUAUACUGUUACCCGUGCUCCUGGACCGAUUGUCCCGCCCCCAGCCCCGCCAGCCCUGAGCCCGCCGCCACCAUCUCUGCAGACAACACAGCCAAUCCUCAGCCAGCACAGGCCACCUGGGCGGAGCCGUGGGCGGAUUCCUUCACCUCCUCCGGGCCCCGCCUCAGGCCGCCACCUCCACAGAGUCGAUUCGCUCCCUUUGGGGCGUUGAACCCCUUCAACCGCCAGUCCCCGUGCCCCUCGCCUGAGCCUGCUCCCAAUCCCACAACAGAGGCCUCCAGAGGUGCAGAGGGUGGUGGGACAUCCGUAGUGGUCAUUGAGGGGCUGAACCUGUCCCCUGACACCUGGCGGCCUCCUGCUGACCUCUCUGCCCUGUCAUUGGAGGAGGUGUCGGCGUGUCUGCGGUUCAUCGGCCUAUCAGAGGCAGCGGUGGCCAUUUUCCAGAGGGAGCGAAUAGACGGCAGCCUCCUGGUGCAGCUGACUGAGGACAUCCUGUCACAUGACUUCCACCUGAGCCGACUCCAUGUCACCAAGAUCACACAGUUCAUACAGGGCUGGAGGCCCAAGAUUUAACACACAAACACACACACACACACUGACCUGAUAAUGUGCCUGUUGGCUGCUGAGCCGCCCUGAAUGUGCCUUCCACUGUGACCAGCUGGCUGCUGAGCCCAAUGACUGAAGCUGAGACUGAAGAAAACCACGCCACCCUGUGGUCAAACUGAGACACUUGACUGGCUCUCAUGCUGAGAGUCGCUGACAGACUGGACUGCAUAUUUCCAGUCUGAAUCACAGACUGGGAAACUAUAGUUUACUAACAAAUGACUACCACAGAGAGAUGCGUGAUGAAAAUGCCUCGAUUCCAGUUCUUAUGUGGAGCAAACAGUCCACCACAGAAUUCAUGUUCAUGCUCUGAGUCAUAAGAAAGAUUUAAAAUUAAGCUUUUAGCACAACUUAUAUUUGUCUAGCCUUCAUGCAGUGACAUUUGAGAAAGGAUCGACAGUUAUUAGCUGUUGUCUGACCUCGAUAUCCUGCCCAAAACUAUUUGAAUUCAUAUAAAUGAGAAAAAUGUCUCUUUACUUGACAAACAAAAUGGUCCAGUUUCUUCCAGAUCAGGGGACAGACGUGUUCUUCCAGGUGGAGGCCUGCUCUAUGAAUUCUACAUAUGCAGUUUGUCCAGAUGAAUGAGAGGUAUACGUGUGAACUAUACCUCUGCAGUGGUACUGAUGAUAAGGAUGCUUUACAACCAGGGACUGUAGCCUCAGCUGUUAUUAAGAGAUGGUCUGAGUUAGACAGAUAACUGUGAAAAAGCUGUUUUAUGUUGUAAAUGUUUUUAUUAGUUCUUGUGAUUCUCUUAUCGCCACCACACAUGCUGCUGUUCUGAUCCUCUUUAAAUUCCACGUUCCCCGAAAUUCCCAUUGGCUGCUCACUGAGGCCAACUUUCACACAACUGACCCCGCCCUCCCAC